AUGUCUGAAGUAUCAGAAUUCCCAAUUCCAGAGACCCAUGUUCUUGCGGUCGCCAGUCAUGUCGUUUAUGGAUAUGUUGGAAACACAAUGGCUACAUUCGUCAUGCAGUCGCUGGGCUGCGAAGUAUCCUCUAUCAACACGGUACAGCUCAGAUAUGGCCAAGCCAAAGGCACACGAGCAACGGCAUCCGAAAUUUCAGAUCUCUACCAGGGUCUCCGGGAUUCCUACCUCGAUUCAUUUGAUAUGAUGCUUUCUGGGUACCUUCCAGGUGCUGCCGCCGUAGAAGCUGUGGCUUUUUUCUGGGUUCUCGAUCCGGUUAUGGGUGAUAACGGGAAGCUGUAUGUGGCAGAGGAUGUGGUACCCGCGUACAAGGCAUUGAUCAAAGAUGCAGAUUUGAUUUUACCAAAUCAGUUCGAAGCCGAAACAUUGAGCGGAGUAAAGAUUGUGGAUAUGGACAGUUUGAAGUUGGCUAUUUCAACUUUACAUGAAACUUAUCACGUUCCGCAUAUUAUGAUCACUUCUAUCACUCUACCCACACCGGGCGCUACUGCUUCACUCGCUGUUGUAGGCUCGACAGCUACCACCAAUUCCGAACCACGCAUGUUCAGUAUUAGAAUUCCAGCCAUCGACUGUUUCUUUUCUGGUACCGGAGAUAUGUUCGCGGCCUUGUUACUUGUUCGAUUUCGAGAAGCUGUUUUCAAUACGCCUGGCCUAUCCGAAACAGACGCAUGGAGGUCAGACAACGAUGUCAAAGCUACAGAGCUGCCACUCGCCCAGGCUGCAGAGAAAGUACUUGCCAGUAUGCAUGCGGUACUGACGAAGACCAAGGAGAGCCGGGAUCUUGAAUUAGAGCUUUACAAGAAGAAGAGAGCGACUGGCACCGAUACUCCGGAUGGGAAGAAGAUGAAGCUGGUGACAAGUAAAGCAACUGAGGUUCGGCUUGUGAGGAAUUUGGGAAGUUUAAAGAAUCCAAAUGUGCAAUUCAGAGCAGAAGAUGUAUAG